UUAAGAAGUUUGGUUUUCUAGGUUAAGGGUGGUUUCAGAGGUGAUUUCUACAUAAAAAGGACAGCUAGAGGUGGGAUCUCUUAUUGUCCUGAAAGAUGGCAGCAGCUAUGACAGUAAACACGCCUGAAGAGCAGCAGAAGCACAAGGCCAGCAGAGGAGAGGUGGUUGUGGAUCCCUUCAGCAAGCACCCUUUGCAGAACAGGUGGGCUUUAUGGUUCUUCAAAAAUGACAAGAGCAAGACUUGGCAGGACAACCUGCGGCUUGUCACCAAAUUUGACACUGUGGAAGACUUCUGGGCGCUAUACAGCCAUAUCCAACUGGCGAGCAAGCUGACGUCUGGCUGCGACUACUCCCUUUUCAAGGACGGCAUUGAGCCUAUGUGGGAAGAUAGUUGGAACAAGCGUGGUGGGCGAUGGCUUAUCACACUGGCCAAGCAGCAAAGGCAUACGGAGCUUGACCGUUUCUGGCUGGAGACUCUUCUCUGUCUGAUUGGUGAAAUGUUUAGCGAUUACAGUGAUGAGGUCUGCGGGGCAGUCAUCAACAUCCGUGCCAAAGGAGACAAGAUUGCAAUUUGGACGAGGGAAGCAGAGAACCGUGAUGGAGUCAUUCAUAUUGGGCGUAUAUACAAGGAGCACCUGGGCCUGUCCUCCAAAGUAGUGAUUGGUUAUCAGGCUCACGCUGACACAGCCACUAAGAGUGGGUCCCUCAUGAAGAACAAAUUUGUGGUGUGACUCAGGCAGCCUGGAGUUUUACCAUUAGUGAAAGGAUGGACAAGUAAAGGAGAUGAGUGUGAUGAAGAGAUACCUUAUGCUUGCUGUCAACACUGAAGUGUUCUUGCAACCAAUCUACCCCCCCGCCCGCUUUACCCAUUUUGAGGUUUAACUGAAGCCACUCAUUCAUGUGAAAAACUUCUAUUAUGUUAGCCUUGCUUUGAUUUUCUUUGCCUUGAGGAAGGUUUUUCUAGGAACAGGACCUGCUUUAUAUGACUUUCUAGUUAAUUGAAAGAAGAAAGGAUAUACUGUACAGUCAUUUAUUAGAUUAAAUAUACAAUCAUUAUAUUGAAUAUAUAUAUUCUGUGGCUGGAGAUAAGAGUGAGAGCUGGAACAGAGUUCCCAAAAUGUUUCCUCUGACCACCCACCUUCCAUUGCUGCAUUCUCCUGCCACCUUCUUGGUGGCAGGGAGGUGGCAGGAGAAUGCCACCUGUGGGCUGCCCUCAGGUCUAGAACCUAGGUGGAAAACUCAUGGCCAUCCAGAUGUUGUUGGCCUACAGCUUCUGUCAUCUCUUACCAUUGGCUACACUAAUUAUGACUGAUAGAUGGCCAACAACCUCUGGAGGGCCACGUAUAAACCCAUCCAUCAUCCAAACAAAUCAUCCAACGGAGCUUCUGCCUUUAAUAGAUAGUUAUCAUUUCUAUACGGCGAAACACUAAUAAUGUAUAACUUGCUAAUUCUUUCCUAAGCAUCUACAUUCAGGAUUGUAUGAAGGAAGCCCUACACUGCCCAGCUCUUUGUAGCUUUCUAAUGGAAUGUAACCUUCAUCUAGUUUAAACUGCUUUCUAGUUAAACUAGGUUAACUCGCUAAGCCGCCAGUACUUGCAUUCCUCUUGUCUUCCUAAAUGGACUGCCUCAAUGAGGUGGCUUCCUGGGAUUAGUUGGUAUAAUGGAGAUGGCAUCAGGUUUUCCCCUGUAAUUCAGAGCUGCCUUCACAACUCCAGCUGAUUAAUUGUUGUGAAUAAGGUGAGCAGUGAGAUGCCAGGCUGUAUUACUGAACCCUGUAUCUGCCGCGUAUAUCUGGCUGUUUCCAAUGAGAAUGGCGAAGGUUCACACAGAGCCAUUCCACAGAAGUAUUUUAGGGUGUGGGGGGCAAAGAAUAGGAAUUGAAUGCUACUGCAAAUGAUUGGCUAUAUCUUGCUAUGUAAUGAGUACCAGACCAAGGGUUGCUUUACCUUCUGUCAGGGCAGUGGUGAAUUAGUGUUGGUGUGUGAGGGGGUGGCCUACCUUGGCCUGGUGCUUGUUUGUUCGUUCAGUGGUAUCGCUACAUAAUGUGAGAUCCUGGACCUUAUGUGUGAAAACCUGCAGAUCCUGGACCUUAUGUGUGAAGACCAGCAAGACUGGUCUUUAGACGGGCAGCUACUGCCAGUAUGAGGCACAUAGCCAAUAAUUAUUUUCUUCUUGUCCAGUCCCUGCCUUGUACUGCUUUGUAAAUGCUUCUGGGUUCCUAAUUGUGAAUGGAAAAAACCAUGUCCUUUUGCCUACCAUGAUAAAAAUAAGGUGCAUCUACAGUUUUGAGUUUAAGAUCAUUGAAAAUGUAGCAUCAUCAUGCCUAGAGGAAUAAAAUGGAUUUUGCUUCUACUGCCCUGGAUGCAACCUGAUAUACUUGGCCCUAAAAAUAAAAUAAAUUGGAAGAAUAAAAUGA